AUGAUUCUCAACAACCCACAAUUCUUGAUCCGUUAUGGCAGACAUGACAAUAGUGAUGUUGGUGAGCUGGCAUCCAUCGCGAGUGUCCGUCGCAUGUUUCUCGUCCUCAAGACUUCUCUACACCGCGUUGUUCUCACUGACAAUCUGCUGUCUAAAAGCAACAAGCACUCUAAUAUCUCGAUCACGAAGGCGCUUGGUGCUACCAAAAGAUUCUCAGACUCGUUCCAGACGCACACCUAUCCACUGCCGCCUCACUCAUUGCCAACAGGCCGCCCCCACGAUGUCGCUCUUGCGUGCCUACCCGGACCACACGAUAUCCUCAUCAAGGUGGGCGCGGCCUCAUAUUGCCACACGGAUUACGUCCUUGCACCAGGCUAG